UCAGGAACGUGUAACAUGGGUAGCACCCCUGACGACGCUGAAUCAAGUGAUAUCGACAUGAGCCCUUUGGACAUUGACAGUGAUGAUGACGACCCUACCUACGUUCCUGACGAAGGCCUUACUCAGGACGGUGCCUUUGACCUUCCUAACUCUAGAGAUCGCAAGGUCAAUGUUGUCUCUCAAGCGAUGCCUAUGGAAGAGGAACCUGAGCCUAACCCUAAGAGGUCUCAUGCUGAUGAAUGGAAGAAGGAAAACAUUGAUAUCCAUGCCCUGCCCGACUACAUUCAUCAGAAGCCUGGUGCCAGGAAUUCUCUUGGCACUAGAGAUUUUGCUUUGCCAAGAAGGGGCCAACAGGUAGUUUUUGCAAAAUAUUGA